UAAUAAAUACAAAAACAAUAAUUCAAAUGUUAUGACACAUAAAAACAACAAUUAAAGUGGAUAAGCCUGGGUUGAUUGUGCAUCGAUCUUCUAACAAUGCCUUAUACCUCGGGGCUCCACUAGGGGGAGACAGCGCUUCCUUCCUUGCAAUGUGCCAGUUUUGUCUUUUCUGUCCCCUGUUAUAAUUCAGGUAAUCGUGGUUUGGAGUUCUGUGAGUCCCUAAGAGUAUUUCUGUUGUGUUAUAAAAUAUGAGCAAGUGAGACAUAUUUUGUGCGUCAAGUUUGUUAAGUAUGCGUUUCUGGCUAAUGCUAGCAGCUAACAUGGUCCCGCUGUAGAGGUGCCACUUUAAAGAGUUCAGAUGAGUAAGUUCUGUUAAGACACUAAUAAUGUAUAUAACUUUUCCAGACUACGCAUCUUUCUCUCCUUACUAUUUACCAUCAUAAACAAAAGCCCAACGCCGGUAUGACGUAAAGUUAUUACAAUUCAUUUGGCAGAAAUGAUAUUUGGACCUUUGCCACGACAAGCUGAGAACCAGACCAUUUACUAAGAAAACCAGUACCUCUUAUUGUGCGUACAGUAUAUGGACUGUCAGAACCUUCAGAUCUGCUGGGACCAGUACAGUUAAUGGAGCAGAGCUGAGUAUGAUUACGACCACAGGAUCCCCUGACGCCACUGAAGAUGCUGAGUCCGGUUGGACAGCUGGCCGACCCAGCUGUGCUGAGGAGCCAUCUCCACGUGUCUGCUGUGCGUCUGAAGCAGCUGCAGCCUGCUUUCCUGCCGCUGACCGGACCCGAGGCGUUGAGCAGCAUGCACAUUCCCUCCAUCUCAGACUUGGGCACUCUGCUGGUCUGGAAUCUAAUAUGUGGUGGAAAAGGUCAAACUCAAGAUGGUUUAACAGAGCCAAGGUUUGAAGGUUCAGUUAUCAAAAGAAAAACAAAAACUAGUUUAAUGUCUUUGUUGUGUGUUUUUGUUGAAGCUCAGGGAGUUUUACAGCGGAGAAGCGAGUGAGUAGAAAGAUUAACAUCAGGGAACCUCAUGUAACCCUGUGACACCAACAUGUACACAAGAGUGCGCCUGUCUAAUUUCUUUGAUGUUCCUCAUUAGCCCGGGAGGAUGCGGCUGUUUGUCUGGUUCUGAUCAGGGAUCUGUAUCUGCAGGCCGGAUAGAUUAUAGACACAGGAACUGUUGGAAUUAUCCCUGCGUCCAUGGACGAGCUGUGGAGAAAUGGCCGCUGGCGAAGCCGUGGUGCGACUUUGAUGGAUUGGGCUCGGUGCUGGCUUCCACUGGGACUAUGUCAUGCAACAGAAACUCAUUGUUAGGGCAAAAGUAAACAAAUGAAAAGAUGUGUAUCAUCUGGUGAGAACAUUAUGAAUGAUGUGUCACAGCAAAUGAAAAAAAGCAAAGUAGCUGUUUGUCCUUUACCUCCAAGAAGAAUAAAAUGCAGAAUAAUUACAGGAAAGAUUAAUAAAGAAUGUCUUUAGUCCAAUGGAAAUAACAAUUUGACUAAUUCUGGCUGUUUGUAUUAAAUCAGGUUAAAGAAUUGGAACUGGCAAAAUCAUUCUAAUUGAACAAAACUCUACCUAUAAAUGUGGGGCCAUGGUUCUACAUCAGUUGGAAUAAAUAGCCUGAACUACAUCAGAGAGGUCAGGGCCCCUAAGAAAAAACAAUUUAACUAAGAAGGAAAUUAUGUGAAUAUGUAACAGGCAGGAAGUGCACUGAAAGUCGCAGUGUCGCUGGAGCACCUCCAUCCUGAAAAAACCCCUUUGAAAUCAUCUCUAAUGAGAAACAGAUUUUUACCCCGGGACGCGAUUGCCAUCAACCCCCAGGAACAAAUCUCAUCUCCGGCUGGAUUAUCCAGCGCUGCACGACGUCGGCACAGCAGGAGAGGACGCACGACCCGUCCAGGUUAGGAUAGCGGCGGGGGCCAAGCGCGCUGCUGGUGGCGUCCGGGAGCACGGAAAGUUAGCGCGAACACGGCGGAAAUGACGCGCAGUCCUUGACAAAAUAAAACGCGUUGACUUUUUUGACUUUUAAGUGGACCUUUGUUAAAUGUUGGCAGAAAUCUCGUGACACAGAUCUGAGAGCAGUUUUAAAUGAUCACGUGCUGCUGUUCUCUCACUAAAGAUAUUCGAGGUAUAGAUAUGUUCAUAAAAUGUUAACUAUAAACUUAAUGGUUUCGAAGUCUCACUAGCUAUUAUUCAGCAUAACAUUUGCUUGAAUUGUAAUUUCCUGCUUUUUGACCGGACGCCCAACGUUAUAUAUUGUGUGUAUAGUAACACACACGAGUAACAAGCAAUCAUCUCCCAUUUCUGGUCAACAGCUGACUUCAAUUUAAAGGAAGAGGUUUGCUUUUUUAUAUACUGUCAUAUUUUAUGCAAAACAGAAACAUCAUAUUUUUGUAAGGAAAGAAAGUCUGAUGAAGCGCUCCACAUGUUUCAAAAUUCCGUCCGUGGAAGAAUAACAGCCAUAACGUUUUAUUCUGAAAUCAGAACCGGAAGUGUAUUUUGCCACCGUGUCUAACUUAACCACCAGUUGCGCUCGGGACUUCUCUCCUUCCAUCAACCUUCGCUCCGGGACAUCUCUUCUUCACCGAGUCCUCAGAGGCGCAGCCGAGCAGAGACGAUGGGAUGUUGAAGCCAGUCGCCUUCCAGCGUGCAGACACACGGAGAGCUUCCUGGCGUGCGUGCUUCUCCGCGGAACAAGUAUAACACCGUCGCGCUGGAUGCUGAGAUGCGCAGAAAGUGACACGGCUCCUCAUCUCUUCUACAGUCCUCACCGAGUCAUACAACGCCAUGAAAGACGACUUUGCAGAAGAGGAGGAAGUUCAGUCUUUUGGAUACAAGAGGUUCGGGAUCCAGGAGGGCAGCCAGUGCACUAAGUGCAAGAAUGACUGGGCGCUGAAGACCGCCAUAGCUCUGCUCUAUGUGCUGUGCACCCUCCUCACCAUCGCUGUGGCUGUACUUGGAUAUAAAGUGGUGCAAAGAGUCAACAGUGUAUCUGAAGGUAUCGCAAACUAUGGGGGAAACAUAAUCGCGGUUGAAUCAGAAUUGAAAAAGCUAGGGGAAAAGUCGGAGAACACCACAACCGAGAUCCAGGCUUUCAAGAACAACAUCUCGGCUCUCCAAAAGCAGCUGUCUGCGGUGGAAGAUCGCGUCCAAAGUGAUCAAGUUAAACUAGAUCAGCUGCAGAACAUUACCUCAGACGUUCAGAGCAGCCAGGGCUCCAUUCAGGGACUGCUGGGCGCCAACACAGCCACCUUACGCUUUGUUAAUGGCACCCUGCAGGCUUAUGGCAGCAUCAUUCAGGGCCUGCAGGAUGACACAGCCAGGCUGCAGAGAGAGCUGCACCAGCAAGUGAAGCUCCAGAACCAGGCACUGCUCAGUAUCAGCAGCCUUAACCUCACACAGGCCCAGCAGAGAGGCCUCAUUACUGCUCUGCAGCGCUCAGUGGAUGACACCAGCCAAGCCAUCCCGAAAAUGCGCAAUGACUUUCAGAGCCUGGAACAAACAUCCCGACAGACGCGCUCUGACACGGAGUGGCUUCAAAGUAAAGUGGAAAACUUACAAAUUUUGGCCAGUAAUGCUUCAGUUCUAGCAAAAGCCAGCAACGACAGCCUGGAGGAUGUGGGGUCACAACUUGCUUUCAUUGCCAACCAACUCCAGAAUACCAGCAACCUAGCUGACGCACAUGACCAGACUCUGAGGGAGAUUAUGGAUCAGCAAAGGGACUUCGGCAACCUCACGUCCACCAAAUUUGACCGUCUGGAAGUGCGCCUAGAUGAGUCGGAGCAUAGUAUGGACCGUUUGACUGGCAACAUCAGCUUCACCACGCAGCUCUUGGGUGCCAUCAACCUUAACCUAAAUGAGUUACGCACAUGUUCCGAGACCGUUGGCCGUCAUUCAGACUUCUUGUUAAACCUAAAUGGCAGCGUGGCAGACAUGAGGACAGAUGCAUCUAGUUUGAGAUCCCAACAGGAGGAACUGGCAGCACGUCUGGACAAGGAGGUUACCAGCCUCUCUAUUGUCAUGGAGGAAAUGAAACUGGUGGACACCAAGCAUUCACAACUAAUAACUAACUUCACUAUUUUACAGGGUCCCCCUGGUCCCAGAGGGCCAAGAGGGGACAAAGGACCUCAGGGACCACCUGGUCAGAUAGGCCAAAAGGGAGAGAAAGGAGAAAAGGGUGGCCCAGGUAUACGUGGGCUUAGAGGAGAGCAGGGUAUACCAGGACCACCAGGUCUCCCAGGCUUGAAAGGUUUGCCAGGAAUGACUGGCAGCCCUGGGUCCAAGGGCUCCCGAGGGUCAGGAGGCAGGGCCGGACCUCCAGGUUCUAAAGGAGAGCCAGGUACUGCUGGUUUGCCUGGAAGAGACGGACAGCCUGGCCCUCAGGGUGUCCAGGGCCCACCAGGCAUUAGAGGCCCUAUGGGACCUGCUGGGGAGCAAGGGCCAAGGGGAAUGCCUGGACCAAUGGGGCCUCCAGGUCCACCAGGACCUCCAGGGAAACCAGUCCAAAUACAGGAUCAAACAGUUCCUUUAAGUCCUGUGUCUCCACAGAAUGAUGGGGUAGCACACAGUCUCAGAGCGCCAGGUUGCCCGGUCGGGUGGGUAAACUACCGAGACAAGUGCUACUUUUUCUCUAAAGACCUGCACAGCUUUGAUGAUGCAAAACGAACCUGUGAAUCCAAGUCUGCUUCUCUGCCAAUGAUCAAUGAUUGGGACGUACAGAAUUGGCUGAAGGAUCAGACUUUUGAAAAAGGUUACUUUUGGAUCGGUCUGACUGACAGGCAGGAGGAGGACGAUUGGCGCUGGCUGGAUGGGAGCACACCUGCUUUCACAAAGUGGAGGUCUGGUCAUCCUGCUACAUGGAAAUAUGGAGACCUUGGAGAAGACUGUGCAGGGCUUAUGCAUGAAGGGUUGUGGAGCGAUUUCCGCUGUGAAGAUCUCCUAAACUACAUCUGUGAAAAGAAAAUGGAGACCUCAACAUCAUCUGGAUCGUAGCAAUAGCUGCAGAAUGGCCCACAUGCAAUGAGCAGCUAGACUCUACCCAUGUGGCAAUGGGCCAAAGACCCACUUUUGAACAGUAUGCAUGAAGAGAGACUUUUCUGUCCUCCAAAGUGAAGCCAAGUUCAACUUUACCAGCAAGUGCAAUACAGCCGGGCCAUUAUAGGACGAGGACAAUCUGUAUUAAAUCCCCAUCUGAUUUAUAUAUAUAUAGAUUUAUGAAUAAAUGUGUAUGGUUAUUUGAAACAUACUUUAUAAAACUGUAUCUCAUGCUGAAAUGAAUAUGAAUGUAUAUUUCACUAUGCAAAUUCUGAAGGAAAAUAUAUCUUCGACUAAAAGGUGCAAAAUGAUGCGCAAAAGACACAACGCCGCUGAUAUGCUAUCGCCGAGGAGCCCGUAAUGUAACCUCAUGAAUGUCUAUAUAGCGUUUUUAUGUAUACAAGUAGGUCGGAAGGAAAUAUUUACGCAUUACCAGAGCCCAUCACAGACAUUGGUUCAGAACCAGUUUACAGUCCAGUACUCUGUAAACUGUGUAUAAUACAGUGUUUUGUUAUUGAGAUUUAUUUUUCCUACUACAUACUGUACGUAUGUUUAAAUAGAAGAAUCUGUGGUGCCUACCUACAAAUAAUAAUAAUGUGCCAUUUCCUGCACUCAGGUAUUUUAAAUCACACUAAGAUGAAGGAAUCACAAAUAAAUAUGCUAAACGCC